CUCUCUCUCUCUCUUAAUUAAAUAACAGAUUCUCUCUCACUCAGCCACUCCACUCUCAUCAAUAACAAGCAAACGAACGAGCUUCCCUUUCCCUAUUUCCUUUCCCUUUUCUCUCUCGCAUUUUCUCCCCAACCAAACAAAAAAAAAAAACACAUUUCCUCGAAUCCAACGGACUUAAUAGAAUAUUCGAUUACAUCAUAUUCUCUCGUCGUGCUGCGUUAAAACCUAAUAAUCAUCCUUUUUCGUAGUCGAUUCCGCCGAUUUAUUUCUUACGUUUUUGACUGUUCAAGAUUGAAUAGAUUGGUUUUGCAAUUUUUUUAGCUGUUCGAGAUUUUAUUCUUGGUAAUGUGAGGGUUUCGAGGAGCUGAGAGUGAGUGAUUCAGGGUUUAAAUGAGGCAAUGUGUGUUUGUGUUGGUGGAUUUUGUUGUUGUUGUGGCGGCGUUGCGAUGUGUAGGGUUAUGUUAGAGUUUUGAUCGUGUCAAGAUUGGAGAGAAUGGCUACUUUGGAGCCGGCGUUGCGAGUGGGCCCCUUAGAGAGAGAUGUUGAAUUGGCCAUCACCGCUCUUAAAAGAGGAGCUCAGUUGCUCAAGUAUGGCCGUAGAGGGAGGCCCAAGUUUUGCCCCUUCAGGCUGUCAAAUGAUGAAUCUGCUCUAAUAUGGAUAUCUGGGAAAGAGGUGAAGGAUCUUAAACUAAGCCAUGUCUCCAGAAUUAUCCCUGGUCAGCGCACUCCAAUUUUUCAGAGGUAUCCUCGUCCUGAGAAGGAAUACCAGUCAUUUUCUCUAAUUUAUAAUGACAGGUCUUUAGAUUUGAUAUGCAAGGACAAAGAAGAAGCUGAAGUCUGGUUUACUGGUCUAAAGGCACUAAUAUCACAUCACCAGCUUUGGAAAAAGAGAGAAGAAACUAGAAGUGAUGGACUUUUAUCUGAGGCAAAUAGUCCUAGAGCAUACACCCUUAGAAGUUCUCCUUUGAGCUUUGCAAUUGGUAGUGAUGAUAGUUCAAUGAAGGAUGGAACAGAUCCUCUUCGUCUUCAUACUCCAUAUGAUAGUCCUCCUAAAGCUGGUUUAGAGAAGGCAUUGUCUGAUGCAGCAUGCACUGUGCCUCCCAAGGUUUUAUUUCCGUUAGAAUCUGCCUGUGGGCCAGGCUCAGAUGAAACAACAGGUCGUAUGAAGAAUACAAACACGGAAGCUUUUAGGGUCAGUUUAUCAAGUGCUGUUAGUUCAUCAAGUCAAGGCUCUGGCCGUGAUGACAAUGAUGCUUUAGGGGAUGUUUAUAUUUGGGGUGAAGGCACUGGUGAGGGCUUUCUAGGUGGCGGAGUUCAUAAAAUUGGAGGUUCCAAUACUCAGAUGGAUUCUUUUGUGCCAAAAGCCUUGGAAUCCGCAGUUCUAUUGUCUGCAGUUUUACUAGAUGUUCAGGCUAUAGCUUGUGGUCGGCAACAUGCUGCUUUGGUAACAAAACAAGGGGAGGUUUUCUCUUGGGGAGAGGAACUAGGAGGCAGACUUGGACAUGGUGUAGACUCUGAUGUUUCACAUCCAAAGUUUGUAGAUGGACUAAAAAAUUUCAAUGUUGAACUUGUAGCAUGUGGAGAAUAUCAUUCUUGUGCAGUAACACUUUCUGGUGAUUUGUACAUUUGGGGUGGUAAUGCUUAUAAUUUUGGACUUUUGGGAUGUGGAAGUGAAGCUACUCAGUGGGUUCCAAGAAAGUUAAGUGGACCUCUAGAGGGAAUACAUGUCUCAUCAGUUUCAUGUGGACCAUGGCACACAGCUGUUGUAACCUCUGCUGGCCAAUUGUUUACAUUUGGAGAUGGAACCUUUGGGGUUUUAGGACAUGGAGACCGAAGUAGCGUGUCAACACCCAGGGAGGUCGAGUCCCUUAAGGGCCUCCGCACCAUGCGAGUAGCUUGUGGUGUGUGGCACACAGCUGCAGUUGUUGAAAUCAUGGUUGGGUCAUCAAGUUCCAGUAAUUGUUCUUCAGGAAAACUCUUCACGUGGGGAGAUGGAGAUAAAGGUCGUCUUGGGCAUGGUGAUAAGGAAGCUAGACUAGUGCCCACUUGUGUUGCUACUCUUGUUGAACCCAACUUCUGUCAAGUUGCCUGUGGUCACAGCCUCACUGUUGCUCUUACAACCUCGGGCCAAGUUUACACCAUGGGAAGCCCUGUAUAUGGUCAACUGGGAAAUCCUCAAGCGGAUGGCAAGGUCCCUACUCGUGUUGAGGGAAAGCUCAUGAAAAAUUUUGUUGAAGAAUUAGCCUGUGGUGCUUAUCAUGUUGCAGUUUUGACCUCAAGAACUGAAGUUUACACAUGGGGAAAGGGUGCAAAUGGCAGGCUAGGUCAUGGUGAUGCAGAUGAUAGAAAUUCCCCAUCUGUAGUUGAAGCUUUGAAAGACAAACAGGUUAAAGGUAUUGUCUGCGGCACUAGUUUUACUGCAGCUAUCUGUCUUCAUAAAUGGGUAUCCGGUAUCGAUCAAUCAAUGUGUUCGGGUUGCCACCUCCCAUUUAAUUUCAAACGGAAACGGCACAAUUGUUAUAAUUGUGGGCUUGUUUUCUGCCAUUCAUGUAGUAAUAAAAAGUCUCUCAAGGCUUCAAUGGCUCCAAAUCCUAACAAACCUUACCGUGUCUGUGAUUAUUGUUUUAGCAAAAUUAGAAGAAGCACCGGAACUGACUUGUCAGUUCACUCUACUCUUAGUAGAAGAGGAAGUGAGAGUCAGGGACUAAAUGAAGUCACAGAAAAGAGUGAAAAUUCGAAUACAAGAUCACAUGCUAAGCUUGGAAGAAACUUCUCUAUGGAAUCAUCUAAAGAGGUGGAAAGUAUGUCUUCCAGAAGAAACAGGAAGUCAAGCUCCAUUAGCACUCAGGUUUCACCCUCUGCUUAUGAUGUUUCUCAGCGAAAUGCAUUUAACAACUCUAAAUCAUUUGGAUCCUCCAAGAAAUUUUUCUCAGCUUCUGUUCCUGGAUCAAGAAUGAUGUCUCGAGCAACAUCUCCAACAUCAAGGCGAUCUAGUCCCCCUUGCGCUACAACACCAACCCCAACUCUCUCAGUGCAUGAGUUGCCGAAAGUUGCCGUGGAUGGUACUGGAAGGUUAAAUGACAGCCUGCAUGAAGAAGUUGUAAAAUUAAGAGCUCAGGUCGAAGAACUUACACAUAAAGCUCAGCUUCAGGAAGUUGAGCUGGAAAGAACAACCAGUAAGUUAAAGGAGGCUGCUGCAGUAGCAGAGGAGGAGGCUGCAAAAUGCAAGGCAGCAAAGGAAGUAAUUAAGUCACUCACUGCCCAAUUGAAAGACGUGGCUGAGAGAGUUCCUGUUGGAGCAGCAAGAAACAACAAUUCGCCCUCGUUUUAUUACUCUAGCAACACUCCUCUACGAGCUGUUUCUCCUGGAGUUCUUGAGCAACUCAGGGGUCCCAGAAUAUGUCAUGAACAAGAUUCAAACGGAUCAAACAGUUUGGUAGUUUCGAAUGUGUCAGCACCCACCACUAAUCAAACUCCACAUCACUCUGAAGUGGCACACAUAGAUGCAACACUAAGGAAUAAGAACAGAACGGCAAAAGUUGAACCCACUAAUGGCGACGAAUGGGUUGAGCAGGAUGAACCAGGUGUAUAUAUUACCCUUGUUUCCUUGCCUGGAGGUUCCAAAGAUCUCAAGCGUGUCCGUUUCAGUCGAAAGCGUUUCAGCGAAAAACAAGCAGAACAAUGGUGGGCAUCCAACAGAGCCAGAUUAUAUCAGCAAUACAAUGUUCCCAUGGGUGAGAGGUCUCUUGUUAGUGUGGGGAGGGAAGGGUUAGCCCAUUGACCCGCAACAUCUAAUAUGCAACUUGACUAGUGUUUUGCCAAAUGCUAAUUCUUUGCUGCAAGAUCAGAAAUUGGAUAUAAAUUUCUAGUCCAGAUUGGAAUUUGGAGGAAGCCAAUUUUGUUCUUUAGAGGGUGGAGGUGGGUGGAAAUUUUUUCUCCCUCAGAUCUCGUUUCUUCCACUUUCAAUUUCUUCCCGUAAGUGUGUCCAUAUUCUCUCUUCCUCUAAUAUUAUUAUUUUUUUAUUUUUAUUUUUUUUGAGGGGAGUGUUGAAAGGUCGUAAGGGGCUAUGUAAAUUUUUUGUAAGUAGGUUGCUGACUUCGAAAUCAAACAGCUGCCUUGUAAAUUCAUAAGCAAAAUACUAUACAGAUUGUCUGUCGUCCAUAGAGGGAAUGCAUAUUCCAAUCUUGUUAAAACCUCAAAUUCAGUGUUAUUAAAUUUUGUGUUCUCUAAGCAUAUUUGUUAAUGGGAUCGAUAGCUCCGUGUCUUGUAAUUUUAUGUUUGGUGUCAUAUAAUUCCUUUUCUCUCUU